AUGGAUGAGAUGGAUAAAUUCCUGUUAACCGGUCUCUGCAAAGGGCCACCUGACACACCCAUGGCGCAAAACACAGUUUUCGGUUGGGUACUUUUCGGAAAGGCCAUGCGUUCAUCCAGCUCAAGUGCGGGAGUUUUAUCCUUGCACUGUGAUGUGCAACUCAUCCGAAUGGUGAGUAAGUUUUGGGAGCUCGAAGAGUUUCCCCCCAAGCGAUACUUAACUGUCGAAGAGGAGGCUUGUGAAGGGCAUUUUCGCAAGCAUUGUCGCCGCGCUGAAGACGGGCGUUACAUCGUACGCCUCCCGUUAAAGGAAUCCGUGCCUUUAGGUGAGUCGAGAAACAUAUCCGUAAGAAGUCUGCUAAGAAUGGAAAAACGUUUCGCUGUUGAUGAGGAGCUACGCCGUCAAUACGCAGAAUUUAUGCAGGAGCUUUUAAAUAUGGGCCACAUGGAGCUCGUAGGCAACGCUCAACCGCAUAAAAGUUACUACAUGCCACACCACGCUGUAGUAAAGAACACCAGCUCCACCACUAAACUGAGAGUGGUGUUCAACGCCUCAUGUAAAACCACAUCCGGUUUCUCGCUCAACGAUGCACUAAUGAUAGGCCCGCAAUUACAAGAGGAUCUGUUUUCUAUAAUGGUGCGGUUCCGGACUCAUCGUUACGCAAUAAUGGCGGAUGUCGAAAAAAUGUAUCGACAGGUAUACGUGGCAGAACAAGAUGUGGACUACCAACGCAUAGUUUGGCGUGACGACCCAACCGAACCUAUUCGGGACUAUCGCAUGCUUCGUGUAACCUACGGCGUCGCCGCAGCUUCCCACUUGGCCGUACGAUCUCUGCACCAAUCCGCUUUGGAUGCCAUCGAAACGCACAAAGAAGCAACUGUUGUCAUCAUGCGCGACUUCUACAUGGAUGAUCUUCUCACAGGCUCAUUUUCUGUCGACAACCUUAUGAAGCUACGAAAUGACGUUGCCAUAGUUCUGUCUAACGCUGGCUUCGAAUUACGGAAGUGGGCUACAAAUUGCGACGAGCUUAGGGAGAAAAUACCGCAUGCGUCAAAGCAAAUUUCACAUCUGUUAGCUGACGGCGAUGAAGUACGCACCCUAGGAAUCAUUUGGAACACAAGCGACGAUUGUUUAUCGAUUGCAGUGGAUUUGACCCCACUGCCUGCAAUUCUUACGAAAAGAGUUUUUCUCUCAGAUUCGAGUAAAGUCUUCGACCCACUCGGGCUAAUCGCGCCGUGCACUAUACUCUCGAAAAUUUGGCUCCAGCGAAUCUGGCGAGCGGACGUUGAUUGGGAUGAACCGGUGCCCGCCGAUGUCGCUGAAGAGUGGCUCUCUCACCGUCAGCAACUACCUAAACUCACGGCUCUUAAGCUAAAUCGUUGGAUUGGUACCAGUGAAAUCGUCGAGCAUGCUGAAUACCACGUUUUCACGGAUGCAUCUCAACGUGCCUACGCUGCGGUACUCUACUGCCGCACGCAACUACCCGAUGGAACUUUUAAGGUCGUUCCAGUCGCCGCGCGCGCGAAGGUCGCACCUUUAAAAAGUACUACUCUCCCACGUCUGGAAUUGUGCGCAGCGCAUUUAGGCGCCAAGCUUGUCAAGCAGGUUCAGUUGAGUUUCGGUUGCAAUAUGAAGAAUUUAUACGCGUGGACCGACUCAACUAUAACGCUAGCUUGGUUACAGAGUCACCCAAGUCGAUGGUCAGUCUUCGUUGCGAAUCGCGUAGCCGCAGUACAAGAAGUUAUAGCUCCUGAGUGCUGGAGACACGUCCGCUCAGAGCACAAUCCAGCUGACUGCGCGUCUAGAGGCUUGGCUCCGUCGAAUCUACUCGCCCAUUAUCUUUGGUGGCAAGGGCCAAGUUGGUUAGCUGAAAAUGACGAUCAGUGGCAGCAUCAAGCAACAGAAGACUUGGAGUUGCUGACAAGGCGUAACUCGGACAUGAGUUCCGAAUUACGAGCGACCAAAUCCGCAUCACACCUCACCCAAACUGCAGAAGAUUGGGAACUAUUGUCAAGGUAUCAUUCGUAUAUUAAACUCAAGAGAAUUACAGCCUAUGCUCUACGUUUCGUCAACAACUUAAGAACAACUAGCAGUCAACGCACUACUGGCGCCCUCACCAGCAGUGAAAUUCUCCACGCUGAAAAUGCACUGGUAAAGUAUAUCCAAACUAACGCUUUUCCAAAGGAAAUUACUUGUUGCAGGUUAACCAAACAAAUACCAUUACGAAGUCGUCUAAUCCGUCUUCAACCAUUUUUGGAUGUUGAUGGCAUUCUUCGUGUUAGCGGACGAAUAAAACGAGCUUCUGUCUCCACAGGCGUCAAGCACCCGAUAAUCUUACCGAAGAACUCGUCGCUGGCGAAACUCAUAAUAUCCGAUAUUCACCGCAGUACGCUCCACGCCGGCCCGCAAAUCAUGCAAACAGUUCUACAACGUCGCUUCUGGGUUCUGGGUUCUCGUAAUCUUGUUCGCGCAAUCUACCACAAAUGUGUAAAAUGUAAACGCAUUAACCGCCGACCGUUGGGUCAAGUAAUGUCGGAUCUACCAAGCAGCCGCCUUACGAGUUCUCGAUGUUUUCUGCACAGCGCCGUCGACUUUGCGGGACCCUAUUUUAUAAAGUUUUCACGAGGCAGAGGAGCCAAAUCAUGCAAGGCGUAUAUAUGCAGUUUCAUAUGCAUGAGUACUGGUGCAAUGCACCUCGAGCUCGUUGGAGAUCUCUCUUCACCUGCGUUUGUCGCCGCUCUCUCUAGAUUUGUAAACAGAAGAGGUUAUUGUCAGCAUGUAUACUCGGACAACGGCACUAAUUUCGUUGGUGCCGAAAGAGAGUUAUACGCCGCCUACCGCCGUUGCAUGAGAGAUGAAAAGCUUACCUCGUAUUUGGCGAACAUGCAAAUAACAUGGCACUUUAAUCCGCCAAGCGCACCACAUAUGGGUGGUUAUUGGGAGCCUGCCGCUGCUGUGAAGCGAGUAAAAUACCACUUAAAGCGUGCUCUCGGUAGCUCUUUAUUAACAUACGAAGAACUUGCUACGCUUUUAACGGAGGUGGAAGCUUGUGUCAACUCGCGACCGCUCUAUUGGCACUCUGCUAGUGCUGAUGAUUUGGAAAUCCUCACUCCUGGUCAUUUCUUGAUUGGUGAGCCAAUCAAGGCGCUGCCUGAACCUGACACCGAAAAUUUCUCAGGGACGUUACAUCAACGAUGGCAAGCCAUUAGUGCAAUGCGGCAACAUUUUUGGUCACGUUGGCGAAACGAAUAUGUCGUCAACCUACAACAACGAGUUAAAUGGUUUCGCCCCUCCUCGAACCUGAAAGAAGAUGACGUUGUUAUCAUUCACGAUUCGAAUAGCCCACCCACUAAAUGGCGACUUGGGCGUGUAACUCAGUGUCAUCCUGGUGCGGAUGGACUGGUACGCGUAGUAAAGCUGAAGACGGCGGACGGAGAAUUGGUGCGGCCUAUUGCGAAACUGACGCUUUUGCCAACGCAAAAUGAUAUAUUUACUUUGUAA